AGGGCGCUAUGUACAAAAUACGGAAGCGGCAAAAUAAAGACCCUUCGACGAUUUGAGAGAAAAUCUAACUGCUCAAAAUGACUCAUGGAAAGGCCGAUGAUGAAUCUGUGUAUUCUGCUAGAGAAGUGAUGGAUACUGUGAGUGAGAUGUCAAAGCUACUAGAGACAGGCCUAGACUCAGAGACCCUAGCCAUCGCUGUCAAACUGUGUGAAUUAGGUGUUAAUCCUGAAGCAUUAGCUUCAGUUAUACAGGAACUCCGCAGAGAAAUGGCUGCAUAUAAUGCUGGUGGCGGAGACAGCAAGACUUGACACACUGAUGGAACAGUAUACUUACCUGUUGCUUCAGAACUUGCAAGAAAUUGUAAAUCGUUUACUCUGCACAGAUGGUUGCAGUAUUUUUUUAGAAUGUUGGCACUUCUUGUCAGACGACCCUGUGUAGGCCUACUUAAUAUUUUCUAUCAGAUACUGGAAAAGAUGACUUCAAAAUAUGCAAUCAACAGAGAGGUUCCUCAUUACAAGCAUCACCCACAUUUAAACUGGUAUCAUUUUUAUCCUUAUUAGGAUGAUUACACCUGUAUUUAUCUUGUGGAAUUUACAACAAUGUCCAAGACAACAGAAGUGGGAAAAUUUAUCAGGAUAUCUGAUAUAGUCCUGUCUUCCAAGGAAUUAAGUCGUUCAUAUUGGCUUGUCAGCUUGUUAGCAGAAGGAAAAUAAAAUAUCGAAUUAACUUCGAAUAAAAACCUGUUUAUGUUCAUUCGCAUUUCAACAACCCAAAGUAACUCCAAGAUUUGUGGAAUUUGUUAUUAAGUUUCUUGAUCAUUAAUGCUGUCUUGUUGGAAAGAAAUGUCCACCCAGGCCUUCAUAUGAAUGCAGUAUGUUUGAAUUUCAUUACUAAUUUUAUAAUUACAGUUAUACAAGUCUGCAACCACACAGAAACCAAUUAAAUUUGUACACAAAAGAUCUGUCCACAGGUUGUGGACAAUUAAUAAUAGGUAACUGAAAAGUUAAUUAACUGAAAAUGUUUAUGAAAGACGUAAGAAGAGAGCUUUUAUUUAAUAAACCUAACAGCUGGUGGUUGUACAAAACAA